AUGAGUAACCCCUUUGAUGAUAGUAUUGAUAAACCAUCAUAUCCUAAUGCUGCGUUUACCAAUCACAAUUCACCCAGGAGAUAUAAACCAGAUGAUAUUGAAGAGGAUGAUGAUUUCUUAGCAUUCCCACAAUCAAAUUCCAAUUCACCAACUCGUUCACCUGAUAUUUUCACUAGAAGUGGUAGAAUCAAUGGUAAUAUGAAUAGAGCAUUAAUAAGUAAUCCACCAAAUUUACAACCAACCCCAUCAUUACAACCAACUAAUAAUGGAUCACCAAUAUUGAUGUCAGGAACCACGGCAAGAGCUCAAUUUACUUCUAGAGAAUCACCAAAACGUCAAAGACAAACAGAAAUUGAUAUUGAUGAAAAAGAUAUCGAACCAAUUCAAUUACCACCAAAUCCAUUUUCUUCAUCUCAAGGAAGUUAUAAGAGUGGGAGAAGUGAAAGGUUUUUAGAACCUCCACAACCAAUUUUCUCCCCAGAAACAUAUGCUGAAGCUAAUCCAUAUGAAGAAAAUGAUAGUGAAAAUAGUACAGUAUAUGAUGAUUAUGAUUAUAAAGCUUACGAAAACCAACAUGAUAAAGAAACCAGAUCUUUAUAUUCGGAUUCCACUGCCUAUAGAUCAAGUGAAGAUGGCUCAAGUACGGGAGUAGCUCAAAGUUAUUUUGGGGCUUCAAUUGACUCUGAUAUGAUGCACAAUAUUAAAAAUGGAUUCCAACCUAAUAGAGAAAAAACCAUCACCAAAAGAAAAGUCAAGUUAGUCGAUGGUCAAGCUGGACAUUUAGUCUUAGAAAACCCAGUACCUGAAGAAUUAAGAAAAGUUUUGACUCGUACAGAAUCACCAUUUGGAGAAUUCACCAAUAUGACUUAUACAGCAUGUACUUCUGAACCUGAUGAUUUUGUUAAAGAUGGAUUUUCUUUAAGAGCUCAAAAAUAUAAUAGAGAAACCGAAUUAGUCAUUUGUGUCACCAUGUAUAAUGAAGAUGAACAUGCAUUCACCAGAACAAUGCAUGCUAUUAUGAAAAACAUUUCUCAUUUAUGUUCAAGAAACAAAUCAUCUGUUUGGGGGAAAGAUAGUUGGAAGAAAAUUCAAGUGGUGAUUGUAGCAGAUGGUAGAAAUAAAGUUAAUGAUUCAGUUUUAGAAUUAUUAACAGCUACGGGAGUUUAUCAAGGUAAUUUAGCCAGACCAUAUGUUAAUAACAAGAAAGUCAAUGCUCAUAUAUUCGAAUAUACCACCCAAAUUUCAAUUGAUGAAAACUUGAAAUUUAAAGGAGAUGAAAAGAAUUUAGCCCCAGCUCAAGUUAUCUUUUGUUUGAAAGAAACCAAUCAAAAGAAAAUUAACAGUCAUAGAUGGUUAUUUAAUGCAUUUUGUCCUAUCUUAGAUCCAAACGUUAUUGUAUUGUUGGAUGUUGGAACUAAACCUGAUAACCAUGCAGUUUAUAAUUUAUGGAAAGCUUUUGAUAGAGAUUCUAAUGUUGCAGGAGCAGCCGGAGAAAUCAAGGCUAUGAAAGGUAAAGGUUGGAUUAAUUUAACUAAUCCUUUGGUAGCAUCACAAAAUUUCGAAUAUAAAAUGUCGAAUAUUUUAGAUAAACCUUUGGAAUCAUUAUUUGGAUAUAUUUCUGUUUUACCUGGGGCAUUAUCUGCUUAUAGGUAUAUUGCAUUGACCAAUCAUGCUGACGGAACCGGUCCAUUAGCAUCAUAUUUCAAAGGUGAAGAUAUCUUGAACACCACCAAAGCUCAUUCCAAUACUAAAACCAAUUUCUUCGAAGCUAAUAUGUAUUUAGCUGAAGAUAGAAUCUUAUGUUGGGAAUUAGUAGCCAAAAGAAAUGAAAAUUGGGUUUUGAAAUUCGUUAAGAAUGCUACUGCCGAAACUGAUGUUCCAGAAACAGUUCCUGAAUUUUUAUCACAAAGAAGAAGAUGGAUUAAUGGAGCUUUCUUUGCUGCUUUAUAUUCAUUAAGUAAAUCUAGACAAAUUUGGUAUACUGAUCAUUCAUUCAGUAGAAAAUUCUGGUUACAUGUUGAAUUCAUGUACCAAUCGAUUAAUCUUUUAUUUUCAUUCUUUUCCUUAAGUAACUUUUACUUGACUUUCUACUUUUUAACAGGGUCGUUAUUAGAUUUGAUUAAACAUAAUGGAGGGUUCUGGAUCUUUACCAUUUUUAAUUACUUAUGUAUCUGUGUUUUAUGUUCAUUAUUCAUUGUUUCCAUUGGUAAUAGACCUCAAGGAUCUAAAACCAUUUUUAAGACUUUAAUGAUCCUUUUAACUGUUUGUGCUUGUUAUGCAUUGAUUGUUGGUAUAUUCUUCGUUGUUAAUACCAUUAAACAAUUCUCAUUAGGUGGAUCAUCAUCUUAUAUAAUGAUAGGUACAGUUGUUUCAUUAUUAUCAACUUAUGGGUUAUAUACUAUUAUGUCCAUUUUAUACAUGGAUCCAUGGCACAUGUUAACUUGUUCAAUGCAAUAUUUCUUGAUGGUACCUUCAUAUACUUGUACAUUACAAAUCUUUGCAUUCUGUAACACCCAUGAUGUUUCAUGGGGUACUAAAGGUGAUAAUAAUCCAAAGGAAGAUUUGAGUAAUCAAUAUAUUAUUGAAAAGAACGAUGAAGGAGAAUUCGAAGCAGUGGUUCUUGAAGUUAAUGUUGAUGAAGUUUAUUUGGAAGCUUUAUAUAACAUCAGAGCUAAAAGAUCUAAUAAGAAAGUUAUGUCAACCAAUUCAGGACCUCCAGUCAUUGAUGGUGAAGAUUAUGCUAAAGAUGUUAGAACUAAAGUUGUUUUAACUUGGUUAAUCUGUAACUUGGUGUUCAUCUUAACUAUGUUGCAAGUCUAUGGACCAGGGGAAACAAAGCAAAAUAUCUAUUUAGCUUUCAUCUUAUGGACAGUUGCAUUUUUAGCUUUUAUUAGAGCUAUUGGAUCACUUGGAUAUUUAUUCCAAAGUUCCGCCAGAUUCUUUGUGGAAACGAAGAGUAAAUGGAUUCAUAAAAGGGAAGGAUAUAAUGCCCCUAAUGCCAAUCCAUUGAAUUAA